AUCUAUUUCACAGGUAUCUCUUUCUCGAAACUCUUCUUAUCAUCCAAUAUGUCAGUACCCAAGAACCAAGCUGCCUGGCUCACAAAAGCUGGAAGACCAUUGGAAGUGGGUGAAGCACCAAUGCCCACCGCAGGCCCCGGCGAAAUUGUGGUCAAGAAUGCAGCUGUGGCAAUCAAUCCCCUUGAUUGUCAUAUGCUGGAUGUCGGUGUCUUCGUUAAGCAAUGGCCAUCUAUCUUCGGUUGCGAUGUAGCUGGUGAGGUUUAUGAAGUAGGCCCUGGCGAGAAAAAGUUCAAGAAAGGAGAUCGUGUCAUUGGACAUACCGUUAAUCUUGUGAGCGGCCGCCCUCAGGAUGGUGGUUACGCUCUUUACACGGUUGUUCAAUCGGCCAAAGCCGCGAUCCUUCCUGGGCAUAUCUCCUACACCGAUGGUGUAGUCGUUCCAUUCGCACUCGAAGGAGCCGUCUGUGCACUAUCCCUCAAAGUGCCUGGAGUGGCAUUGCCUGGCGUGGCCACUCCAGCUCUUGCACUGCCGUACCCCUCUCUUCAAGUUCCAGCACCAGACGCAGGAAAAGCCGUCGUCGUAUACGGCGGAUCCUCUUCAAUCGGAUCCAUGGUUACCCAAGUAGCGCAUGCUGCUGGUAUCACUGUCAUUGCCAUUGCCGGAGCCCGCAAUCUCCAAUUCAGCAAGGACUGUGGAGCAACUGAAGUGUUCGACUACAAAGAUGCCCAACUUGUGCAGAAAGUUGUGCAGUCAGUCCGCUCUUCAGGAAAGGAGUUUGUCGGAAUUUUUGAUGCCAUCGCCACCGAAGAAACCUUCCCUCACGACAAAGCUAUCCUGGCAGAGCUGGGUGGAGGACAUCUUGCAUGCUCGCAUCCGCCACCAACAGAUGUGGCAGAGAACGUAACAGCGGGAAUGAUCUUUGCUGUCAACGAUAUUGCGACGCCUGUAUGGGCGGACUUUGUCACGCCUGCUCUAGAGGCUGGGCAAUUGAAGUGUCUUCCACCUCCUACGAUCGUUGGGAAAGGGUUGGAGUUUGUUCAGACGGCGCUGGAGAAGUCGAAGGCUGGGGUCAGUGCUACGAAGCUCGUAGUGGAACUGUAG